UGUGGGCUAACUAAAGGUGUGCUUCAAAAUACCCUGUGCUGAACUUAUUGUUUUUAAUGCAUUUCAAAUGCAGGAAUAUAUAAAUAAAAAACAUAUCUAAAAUUAAAUAAAUAAAGUAAACAAACAACCGAUGAACAGAAAAGCAACAGAAUCCAGGUGAUCAACACACCCAUAUAAAGAUAAUCGUGCUUACAGGGUAUGUAAAGAGAUGCAGUCAAGUUUGACUGAAGAAAGAACGACGCGCCAGUUGCUCAUCAAAGCUUGAAUGUGCUGGAUUUGAGUCGGAAAAGAAGGAAGUGCAAAUUUAUAGCCAAUUAUCAACGAAAUGGCAAAACUAGCGCCUAAAAUAAAGUUAAACAAUGGCAGAGAGAUGCCCAUAAUGGGCCUGGGCACCUGGCGAUCAUUCGAAUCGGAGGCGUAUCAGGCGACACGUAACGCUAUCGACAUCGGCUACAGGCACAUCGACACGGCCUUCGUCUACGAGAACGAAAACGAAGUGGGUCGAGCAAUAAGGGAGAAGAUCGCCGAGGGGACGAUUAAACGUGAGGAGAUAUUUGUGACGACCAAAUUAGGUGGCAUUCACCAUGAUCCGGAGGUUGUGGAGCGUGCCUUUCGCCUCAGUCUGAACAACCUGGGUCUGGACUACAUUGAUUUAUAUCUUAUGCAUAUGCCAAUUGGGCAGAAAUUCCACGAUGACAGCAAUGUUCAUGGCACCUUGGAGCUGACCGAUGUGGAUUAUUUGGAUACGUGGCGUGAAAUGGAGAAACUGGUUGAUUUAGGUCUCACGCGCAGCAUUGGCCUGUCCAACUUCAAUGCGUCGCAAACGGAGCGAGUGCUGCAGCACUGUCGGAUAAAGCCCGUCGUCAACCAGGUCGAGUGUCAUCCGGCAUUUCAGCAGAAGCAGCUGCGUGCCCAUGCAAAGGAGCAUGGGAUUGUGAUCUGCGCCUAUUGUCCUCUGGCGCGUCCGCAGCCCGCGCGCAACUGGCCACCCUUUUUGUAUGAUGAGUGUGCGCAGCAGUUGGCCAAAAAAUAUGGUCACACUGCGGCGCAGAUCUGCCUGCGAUAUCUCAUACAGAUUGGCGUUGUGCCGCUGCCAAAGUCAUCGAAUAAAUCGCGCCUUGCCGAAAAUUUCAAUUGUUUCGAUUUCGAACUGGCACCAGACGAUCUGCUGAAAAUGGAGACAUAUCACAAGGGUGUGCGCACGGUUCCAUUCAGUGGCAUGGCCCGGCACAAGUACUAUCCAUUCAACGACGAGUUCUAGUUUUACUAAUUCAAUAAGCUCUGAUUGUUUAUGUAUUUCAAUAAACAUAACAAACACAUAAAUAAA